CGGAACAUGUCAUGGGACUCAAUCGAGUCGCGCGACUUCCUCGGCGGGGUGCCGGCGCACCAACUGUCGGCUACGCGACUGCUCAGCUCCCCUGAUCCGUCGCGUCACCAUCUUGACGAUCCACCAGACGUAUUUCCAUUCUCAGAAGAAUAUCCAACUGAAGUACGUAAUGGGGCCAUACGAUGGGGAUCCCGGUUUGGACCGGCGCACCGGCCGUCAGCUGGUGUCCUCGAGUGUUUUCGCAUCUGCCGAUCUCGUCUCGACCAAUAUCUUGCGAGACGAAAGAUCGAAAGAGGGGUCCGGCUGUACGGUCAGAAUGAACAACGUCUGGCGGUGAAGGUAUGGCUGUCCGCACUGCGUGGGGUACGUCACAGGAGCGACAAAUUCGCCUUAUUGGGACAUCUUUAUCAAGCUUACAUGGACUUUGGAAAAUACAGAGAAUCUCUGGAAUUCGCGAAUAGACAACUCGGCAUAUCAGAGGAACUGGAUUCAGCUCCGAUGCGUGCCGAAGCUUAUCUCAACCUCGCACGCGCUCAUCAAACACUUGGUGGUCUUGACAGAGCUCUAUCAUACGCACGCCAUGCACUUUACAACGAUUGUGGGGGAGGAUCAACUGCAGGAUGUGUUCACCUCACCGUAGCAGCUGUCAGCUUGGAGCUUGGAGCGUUUUCAAAAGCAAUGGAUGGCUUUCAAAAAGCGCUAGCAGUAGCUCAAGCUCAAAAUGAUAACACGCUGCUGUUACAGGUAUACGUGGGUCUAUCAGAGCUAUGGCGUCGACUCCGUGAUACAGAACGCGCGGUUGCCUGCGCAGCUCGUGCGUGUGACCUCGGCCGCGGUCCACGCUCGACUGACCUCAACACACGACACCACCGCACUGCUCUUUUGCAAAUGGCCGCUGCUUUACGGGCCAGAGGCGAACUUGGAGAUGCUCAUGACUACUGUAAUGAAGCUCUGCGUCUUGCAGCAGUAGCUGGUGAUCAGGGUUGCUAUGCUCGCGCUAUGAGGAUAGCUGGUGAUGUUUACCGAAGAAAAUGUGAUUACGGGAAGGCGCUUAGGCAUUACGAAGUAGCAAUGGGAGCUGGUCAAUCUCUCGGUGAUCGCUUAGCUCAAAUGGAAGCAAUGGACGGAGCAGCAAGAUGCUUAGAAGCUCUGAGGCUUCAGGGUAGAAUUUGCAACUGUCGCCCACUUGAAUUCAAUACAAGAUUACUUGAAGUCGCUACUUCUGUUGGUUCAAAGAUGCUAGUGCGCCGCGUGCGACUUCGUCUGGCCGACAUCUACACGGCGCUGGGCGACAACAACGCGGCGGCGCGCCAGAGACGCGCGGCGGGCGCGUGGGCGGCGCCGGCCUGCGCGCGCUGCCGGGAGCCGCUCGCCGAGCGCGCUGAGCCGCUCGCGUCACUGCCCUGUGCGCACAUCGUGCACCACGCCUGCAUGCCAGAAUCCUGGUCACGACGGUCAACGCGCAGCUCAGGAGGUGCAGAAUGCGCGGAAUGCGCCUCACCCCGCGCUCCCCGCGCUCCUCCCCCUGCACCCCCGGCACCACGAAGCUUGCCAUCUCAGGUUGAUUUUCCCUUCGGCACUCCUCCAACACUUCGCGAAUCAGAUCUUAACUCUGUCCUCUCCGACCACAGCAGUCAACAAGCUACGUCCAGCGUAUAAGCUAUUUAAAUUUUAUGUAUUUAUAACAG